AUGAUAAAAUUCUGUGUGGUUAAUUUAAGUUUUACUAUUUUGUUCCGUAAUCAUAAGUUAUGAAUUAGUUUCAGAGUAUUAUUCUUUAUUUCGAAUCGUGAUAAACAGCUAUGACUAUUUAUGUUGGAUUAUUGGUUGAUUAAAAUAAAGGUAUUGUUUAAUAUUAGUCAACACACAUAAUUGAUUUCUUUGAUUAAUCAAUAAUCCUUGAUAUAUUAUUGCGUUAUUCUACUGUGUCAUUGUUAUACCGGACAUCUAAACACUAUGCCAGCUUAUCAUUCCAGUAUAAAAGAUUUCCAGCAAUUGGCUGGAAAUAUGGCAAUAGUUCCAAUCAAAUCUCAAUACAAAGGUCCAGCACCUUUACUCAGUCUUACAAAUUCAGAUAUGGACAUAAUUGAUGAGGCUUUAUCUUAUUUCAAAGCAAAUGUAUUUUUUAGAUCUUAUGAAGUUAAGAGUGAAGCAGACCGUGUAUUGAUUUAUAUUACAUUAUAUAUAACUGAGUGUUUGAAAAAAUUACUAAAAUGUCAAAGUAAAGACCAGGGAAUGUCUGAAAUGUAUUCAUUGGCACUCUAUAGAUUUGAUAUACCCGGUGAGGCUGGAUUUCCUUUAAAUUCCGUUUAUGCAAAACCAACAUCAACAGGCGAAGCAGAUCUAAUGCGUUUAUAUUUGGAGCAAUUACGAAAGGAGACUGGCCGAAGAGUUUGUGAAAAAGUGUUUUCUACUGAUGAUGGUAAACCAUCAAAAUGGUGGUUAUGCUUUGCUCGUAAGAAGUUUAUGGAAAAGUCAUUGCUUGCUCCAGGUCAAUAAUGUAACUGAGAAUAAAUAUUUAAAUUAAGUA